GAACACGCUGAGCAUCGGUGCGCUCGUGCGUUCAACUCCAGCGACUCUGCUCUCAGUCGGUAACGCUGAAGGGCCGUUAUGUUUACUGAGAGAAACGAGUGUUAAAAGCAGAAAAGAACAGAGAUAAAAACUUUAUCACUACUUUUUAAUACUCAGGCGUGCUUUAUCUGAGAACACAGGAGUUCAGAAGUUUUUGGUCUAAAUCUUCAAACAUGGGAGACGGCUGUGAGCGGAGGCGAUACCGGCUGGCUCUCUACAGCCUUCUGUUGUGUUUGUUCGCCGUGUGUUACCGGAGAGCUGAGGCCGGCUGUGCGGACCGGGAGACCCUCGCCUGCUGCACCGGCAGAAACAACGAGUGUGUGGAGUACACCAGGAGGAAGACGGUGUGUUACUGCGACACGUACUGCGAGAAAACCGGCGACUGCUGUGAGGACUACCGACAAGUGUGUCAAAUCUCCGCAGCUAUAGACUGUGAGGUGGGUCAAUGGGGUGCUUGGUCCCCAUGUUCGUCUGUGUGUGGCGUGGGCACAACAGAGCGGAGCCGUCAGGUGACCACGCCCCCUCGCAACGGAGGCUCGCCUUGUCCCGAUCUCAAGCAGCGCAGAGGCUGCCUCGCACAUAUGGAUGCUUGCAGUGCUGCCAAGGAGGUGGCCAGGAUCUUACCUGACUCAUUCAAACGCAACUUUAAGGACCCCUGGAGACGACCUCACAUGCUUAUAAAAGAGGAGAAGAAGAGUUAUUGUGUGUACAUGCGUGUGAAGCAGGUCAGCGCUGCAUGCAGGUUAAAGCUGUGGAGCACUCAGCUUGUCCGAGAGCGCUCUGUGUGUGUCGAGUGUCAGGGUGAUGCCAUGGCAACUGACAACCGCUGCCGAGGAGAUGGACUGCAGAGCAUCAGAACCUUCUGGGCAGCAGCAUCAGCGCCAGGCUGCUACGGAUCUUGGAUCAGAGAAUCUUCAAACGAGAACUGUCAUUGCCCUCCUUACUCUCUACUGUUUGUUUGAAUAAAACACUUCUUUAAAUUCAGUCUAAGGAGCAUGGCAGCACCCAGUAAGCUAGAAGGGACCUGGAGAGCCUGCUGUUCUGGGAGCUAUGGGAAAAAUAGUUGUCUUCUGCCCCCCUGUACUUUGAUGUGAAUUCACACUUCAGUGCAUAUGUUCUCUUUUACAAUCACACCAGUCACGUUAUAUAAUAUAACCACUCACGACUGCUGGAUAUCCACUUCACUGCAAAAAAGCGCAACUAUUUUCUUCUUACCUCUGAAACUUUACUACCUCCAAAAGGCACCUGCCUUAUCAUCUUACAUCUCUUAUGUGGAUGUCAUGCUACUUGAUCCCUUUUCUAUUUCUGUAUGCAUAGAAAUCAAUCAAUGCAUGAACCUUUUUUGUAUCAUUUGUGUAUAAAUGAGACAAUGUGUUCAGGUUGCGAUUGUUUUUGAAUAUGUGCUUGCACAGUAAGUACUGAUGCAUGUAAAAUCCACACUUUUGUUUUUCAAAGGG